AUGCGAAUUGUUGCAUGGAUCCUUCGUUUCAUUUCCAACUCGAAAUUGAAAUUGUUGGAUCGUGACAAAUCACGCAUUAGUGUCAAAUGCAUUCAGCACGCUGCUAAUCAUUGCAUCAAAUCUGCGCAAUUGGAGAAAUAUUCCGAAGAAAUAGAGGCUUUAAAGAAUAAAAGACCUUUAAAAUUGAGUUCGACGCUGAUUACUUUAUCACCAUUUCUGGAUGAAGAAGAAAUAUUGCGAGUAGGAGGACGCUUGAAUUACGCCCCCCUUUCGUUGGACAUCAAGCAUCCCAAAAUCCUGCCUCACGAUCAUCCACUCACGCGUUUAAUCGUCAUGAGAGAGCAUGAUUUCCUGUUUCAUCCAUCUCCAGAAAGACUGCUCAGCUCAAUAAGGUCUCAAUAUUGGAUCAUUAAAGGACGAGUGGCUAUCGAAAGGUAUCUGCACAAGUGCUUUACUUGCAAAUGCCACAGAGCUACUCCCUGCAUUCCUUUAAUGGCCCCGCUUCCACGUCAUCGUCUUAUUCCGUUCCAACGUCCAUUCACUCAUGUGGGUUUGGACUACUUUGGCCCUUGCAACAUCACCAUUUAUCGUCGCAAAGUAAAACUAUAUGUUUUGCUGAUAACCUGUCUCAACACUAGAGCGGUACACUUGGAAGUUGCAGCCUCACUCGACUUGUCGUCUUUUUUGAUCGCCUUUGCUUCCUUCACCGCCCGAAGAGGUCGUCCGUCAGUCGUGUAUAGCGACAAUGGAGCUCAAAUUGUUGCUGGGGACAAGGCAAUCCAACAAGGCAUCGAGCGUCUCAAGGAGCAAACAUCGUUGGUCAAAUGUCUCGUAAAAUCAGCAAAGGUUGCUCUGGAAGCCAUUGUGGAAUCACGUCCGCUUACCGAAGAGCUUUUACGUGGUUUCGUGAUUCAGGCCGAAUCGUUGUUGAAUGGACGUCCACUGACCUAUGUCAGUGUGGACCAUCGAGAUCCCGAACCACUUACCCCUAAUCAUUUCUUGUUAGCGCAGAACUCGCCCAACACCGAAGACGACGUCAUCGAGGACGAGAAACUGUAUUCUCGAAAACAUUGGGAAGCUAUGCAAAUCAUGACGACACACUUUUGGUGCCGAUGGCUUCAAGAAUAUCUCCCCACACUCACUGACCGUCGAAAAUGGCUUUUCGAUAAGAAGAAUUUGGCUGUGGACGAUACCGUGCUUUUGGUGGCCCGAACUCUCCUAGAGGACAUUGGCCUAUUGGUCGAGUAA